AUGUUCGCUCAUAUUCAUCCGUUGAUCCUUCCACUUGGAUUCUUUUUCUUCAUCAAUUCAUUUGUUGGUGUCAUUGGGAAUGGUAUCAUGUUGAUCUGUUUCUUCAGAAAUAAACGCCUCCGUUCUCCAUGCCAUAUACUCAUCAGCUUGACAUGUAUCGCUGACCUAUUGCAUCUCUGUGCACAGUUUGUGUAUUGUGUUCACUUGUUUGGGAAUAUGACAAGUUCCCAAGCUCAAUGCUUCUACAUGCUCAUCAUCCCUCUCUCCGGAGUUGGUGCAUCUGGUCCAUUGAUUCUGGCAAUGGGUGUUGAUAGACUGAUUGCUGUGAAGCUUCCUACAAAAUACCGUCAAUUGCAAGACGAAGCAAAAUAUUAUAUCUUUGGACAACUCGUUUUCCCGAUAGUUUACACUUUGGUUCUCCUUUAUUACGGGUUUCAUUAUCGAAUUGUAGAUGAAGAGCUACAAGUCGCAUGCGCGGUCCCUCUAGCUCUGAUGGGUACACCAUUCCAGUUUUUCACCUAUUCAAGUGCUCUUAUCUAUUUUCUUGUUGUCGUGGUCUAUGGAAUUGUAUAUUACCUGCUGAAAGCUAGCAGUGCUAGUAAACGAUUCAAAAGUGUGUUUCGUUCUAUCAUGGUUACUGUCGGCUUCGUUUUGUUCGGUUGGGUUACCACAACUCUCACCAACACUCUCUCCUACGAGAUUACUUCUGUGGCAUUCACAGCCCAACUGAUGCAGAUGUACGCUGGAAUAACUGUCAAUUUUGCAGCGGCUUCAAAUGUUUUCAUCUUUUAUGCAAUCAAAAGCAAGGCAAAGUCACCGGCAUUCGAGGCGUCGAGCACAAUGGUUACGGUAUCUUCGGUUUCUCAAAUGCAGAAGAAAAGGAAGUUGACGAUGGCAUCGAUAAAUUAG